CAACGAGCAUGUGCGGACCGCGUCUUCCAUCACUCCUGGCAAUCGGAUGCCUGUUGGCCCUGGCCUCAGCGGAGUCCCUGUCCGACUAUUAUCGGCAGGACUUCGAGGACUUGCCCAUCCCCGAAACCGAGUUCGAUGAACGUCCCGCGCGAUCGUCGUCAAUUCCUGCUCAAGCAUAUGCCGCACCCGUAAUCUACAAUUCUCAAUCUAGCUACUCAGCACCUGCGGCUCCAAGCUAUUCAGCACCUGCGGCUCCAAGCUAUUCAGCACCUGCAGCUCCAAGCUAUUCAGCCCCGGCCACUCAAAGUUAUUCAGCACCGGCCACUCAAAGUUAUUCAGCGCCUGCGGGUCCUAGCUAUUCAGCACCUGCCGCUCCAAGUUAUUCGGCACCCAAGUCUUCUUAUUCAUCAUCAGCACCGUCAUCAUACUCGGCCCCCGCAUCAUCAAGCUAUUCAGCACCUGCUGCUCCAAGCUAUUCAGCACCUGCCGCUCCAAGUUAUUCAGCACCAGCCGCUCCAAGUUAUUCAGCGCCUGCGGGUCCUAGCUAUUCAGCACCUGCUGCUCCAAGCUAUUCAGCACCUGCCGCUCCAAGUUAUUCCGCACCGGCCACUCAAAGUUAUUCAGCGCCUGCGGCUCCAAGCUAUUCAGCACCUGCUGCUUCAAGCUAUUCAGCACCUGCCGCUCCAAGUUAUUCAGCACCCAAGUCUUCUUAUUCAUCAUCAGCACCGUCAUCAUACUCGGCCCCCGCAUCAUCAAGCUACUCAGCACCAGCCGCUCCAAGUUAUUCAGCACCUGCAGCUCAAAGCUAUUCGGCACCUGCGGGUCCUAGCUAUUCAGCGCCUGCGGCUCCAAGUUAUUCAGCACCUGCCGCUCCAAGCUAUUCAGCACCAGCCGCUCCAAGUUAUUCAGCACCAGCCGCUCCAAGCUAUUCAGCGCCUGCGGGUCCUAGCUAUUCAGCACCUGCCGGUCCAAGCUAUUCAGCACCCAAGUCUUCUUAUUCAUCAUCAGCUCCGUCAUCAUACUCGGCCCCCGCAUCAUCAAGCUAUUCAGCCCCUGCCGCUCCAAGCUAUUCAGUACCUGCCACUCCAAGCUAUUCAGCACCAGCCGCUCCAAGUUAUUCAGCGCCUGCGGGUCCUAGCUAUUCAGCACCUGCGGCUCCAAGUUAUUCAGCACCAAGCCUUCUUCAUCAUCAGCACCGUCAUCAGACUCGGCCCCCGCUCACAAGCUAUUCAGCGCCAGCCGCUCCAAGUUAUUCAGCACCUGCCGCUCCAAGCUAUUCAGCACCUGCGGGUUCCAAUUAUUCAGCACCAGCCGCUCCAAGUUAUUCAGCGCCUGCGGGUCCUAGCUAUUCAGCACCUGCCGCUCCAAGUUAUUCAGCACCCAAGUCUUCUUAUUCAUCAUCAGCACCGUCAUCAUACUCGGCCCCCGCAUCAUCAAGCUACUCAGCACCAGCCGCUCCAAGUUAUUCAGCACCUGCAGCUCAAAGCUAUUCGGCACCUGCGGGUCCUAGCUAUUCAGCGCCUGCGGCUCCAAGUUAUUCAGCAGCUGCUGCUCCAAGCUAUUCAGCACCAACCGCUCCAAGUUAUUCAGCGCCUGCGGCUCCAAGCUAUUCAGCACCAGCCGCUCCAGCGUAUUCCGCACCGAAAUACUCUGGCUACGCCCGCAUGGGAGAUAUGCUGGGCUCAGCGAGAACUGCUUACGGAUCCGCCUCGGCCGGCUACGGAGGAUCUCCAUCCGCGGUCUCCAUUCCCGCUCAGCCCUGUCCCAAGAACUACGUUUUCAGCUGUCAGAGCGUGUUCCAGAAAGCUCCUUGCAGUCAAGGCUCUUCUUACUAAGAGAAUUUCGUUAUGGCAUUAUAGAGAAAUAAAAGCAAUAAAGUUGAA